UUCGGCAGCCACUGUUUGACUCCCGACACCUCUGCAGACACACAUUCACAGGAGCUCCACAUACCCACAGCGAUGAAUCCCAAAGGGGAUAAGCCGAAGUCGAAGAUUUCGGCUUCUCGCAAACUCUCCCUCAAAAUGCUUCUCCUCACAAGAGCCUGUGAGGAUCUGGAGAAGGAGAGGCAGGACAGGGAGGAGGAGAAAGUGCGAUAUCUAGGAGAGAAGCUGCCCCCACUGCAGCUGUCUGGAAUGUCACUGGAAGAGCUACAAAACUUAUGCAAGGAGCUUCAUGGAAAGAUUGACAUUGUGGAUGAGGAGAGAUAUGACUGUGAGAGCAAAGUAGGAAAACACAACAAAGAUAUCCAUGAGCUGAAACUGAAGGUACAGGACCUUGGGGGCAAGUUCAAGAAGCCUGCCCUGAGGAAGGUGAGGGUAUCAGCAGAUGAGAUGAUGAGAGCUCUGCUGGGCUCCAAACACAAGGGCUCCAUGGACCUGAGAGCCAACCUCAAGUCUGUGAAGAAGGAAGACGUCAAACAGGACAAGGUCCUCACUACUGAAGUGGGCGACUGGCGUAAGAAUGUGGAGGCCAUGUCUGGCAUGGAAGGCCGCAAGAAGAUGUUCGAUACCGGCGGUGGAGCUCAGUGAGACGCUAUAAGCAAUAAAGCUGAUCACCUGAGAGCAGGAAAAAGGAAGGAAGUUGUCUAGAAAGAAAAAUGAAAUCUGAAGCCUAAUCGACUUGAAAACUGUUGGCAUUUGGCACAAAGCAAAAGCACGUAUAAACCCCCCCAUCAGCUGUACUGCCAUUUGCUUGAUGGCCAUUUUCAGUGCAAUGACUCAGAGCACUUAAAGUGAAGGAUGAGUAGAUACCUGUUGUUUUUUUUUAUUGCCACGGAAUAUUUUGUUUUGCUAUGACACCUUAUGACAAUUAAAGUGGAUAUAAAUAAACCUGCUGCUGCUU